AAUGGUGGUAUAAUAACACUUUUAAAUAUGCCAAUUCAAUUUAAACAGGAAUACAUGUAUUUUUAACAGGGAAAUCAAAAAUGUAAGAGUUCAAAUACAUUGUUACACUCCUCGCAUGAGCCCCAGUUUUUUCCCGUGUACAGGUCGCGCAUAAAGUACAUACUUGGCUUAUCAGCGGAGGAGAGUGCCCACUAGAUCGGAUCGGCUGCGAGGCCCAUUCAGAUUUGGCUGGCGUCGCAAUGUUGGCCAUUUAGUUGCCUUAUCGACGGCCAUCGGACUGGGUGUACCCUCACUUGAAUUUCUUUGGUUGCCUUUUUCCGGUGAAGUGCAGUUGCGUUGGAGUCAAAUGGCCAACGCUUGCAAUCGACUGACAUGGUCGCUGUACGCGGUUGUGGUGGUGAUGACGGUCAUGUGGUCAUCCUCGGAGGCUGCCGACAAAGAGGGUUUUCCCGUGUCCAUAAUCCACAUCAAUGAUUUGCACGCCAGGUUCGAGAUCACGGACACCUCCGGUGGCACCUGCGACAAGGGUGAGGAGUGCAUCGGUGGCUAUCCGCGCACCGUCUACACCGUGAGGCGGCUGCUCCAGGAGCAGGCGGAGCUCAAUCCCAUCUACAUCAAUGCUGGCGACAGCUUUCAGGGCACGUUGUGGUACAACGUCGGUCGAUGGAACGUCACCCAGCAGAUGCUGAACCUUCUGCCCGCUGAUGUCAUGACCCUGGGCAAUCACGAGUUCGAUCAUGGAGUGGAGGGCUUGGUGCCCUUCCUGGAGACGGUGCAAACCAACAUGCUGGUGGCCAACAUGGACUGCGCCCAUGAGCCCACCCUGGAGGGCAAGUACAAAAAGUCGAUGAUAAUCGAGCGAUCGGGUCGCAAGAUUGGCGUGAUUGGUGUUAUCCUGGAGACAACUUACGAUCUGGCCAAUACCGGCAAGGUAAUCUUCCGCAAUGAGAGCGACACCAUCCGCGAGGAGGCGCAGCUGCUGAAGGCCCAGGGUGCCAACAUCAUCAUCGUGGUCUCCCACUGCGGCUACGAUGUGGAUCAGCAGAUCGCCGCGAAUGCCGGCGACUGGAUCGACGUCAUUGUGGGCUCCCACUCGCACACCUUCCUCUACACGGGUGUGCCGCCCGGUCCACACAGUGCCGCCGGUGAUUAUCCCACCGAGGUGAUCCACAGCUCUGGCCACCGCGUCCUCAUCGUCCAGGCAUCGGCCUAUGCCCGCUACGUGGGCAACCUGAUCGUCUACUUCGAUGACAAUGGCGAUGUGCUGGACUUCGAAGGCGAUCCGCUCUACAUGGACCAAUCCGUGCCAGAAGACGAGGAAGUGCUGGAGGCUAUGCAGCCAUGGAAGGAGGAGAUCGACGAAAUGGGCAAGGUAGUGGUGGGCACUUCCAAGGUGGACCUCACCAAGGACGAUUGUGCCGCCGGAGAGUGCAACCUGGGUAACUUCUUCUGCGACGCCAUGGUCCAUUCUUUCGUGGGAAUGGCUUCGUAUGAAGAGGAGAACUGGACGAAUGUAUCCGCCGGACUCAUGAACAUCGGAGGACUCCGCGUGCCGCUUUACAGAGGCGAUCUCACGUACGCCCAUAUAGUCAGCAUGUCGCCGUUCGAGAAUACGCUAGUUUCCUACAAUCUGCCGGGCAACAAGAUAGUGGAGGCAAUGGAGUGGGCCGUGAGCAAGGUGGACCUUGAGAACGGGGUGACCGGAUCGCAUAUCAAUCUGCAGUUAUCGGGCAUCCGGGUGAAAUACGACUACACGAAGCCCGUGGGAUCGCGGGUUAUAUCCGCAUCGAUUCGUUGUGCGGAUUGCCAGGUGCCCAAGUACGAGCCUCUGGUAUCCAAUAAGCUCUAUCGCCUCACAUCGCCCAACUUCCUGCAGGCUGGUGGCGAUGGCUACACCAUGCUAGCCGAGGGCACGGACCUCCAAAUGGGGGUCACGGACUUGGAUGCCCUAAUCUCGUACAGCAAUCACAUCAAUCCCAUUUACCAGGGCCUCGACGGACGCAUCACAGUGCUCAACUGAUUAUGUACUAUAAUCCAUAAUGUUCAUUGUAAUUGUUGCAUUUACCACAAUAAAUGUAUCA